AAGUUAGAUAAAUAACGAGUAGCGUGUGUUUAUACAAAUUAAAAAUGGAGGAUGGGCUAUUAUUAUUUCUAUCACGGAAACAUGCAAGUCAUAUUGUAGACAUUUGAAUCUUCUAACAGUGUUUAUAGUUUUAGAUACCAUUAUUCUAAAAUGAGUCGAAAAACCAAAUUGAAAACUAACCUUUCUUUGUCUACCCAACAUACACGAAGAUUAAUUAUGAAACAAACACGUUCUGAUUUAAAUCGCAUACAAUCUUCGGAUCACAGUGGUCAAUUGUCUACAAAGAACGAAGUUUUUGAAAGUAGCAGUUCUACCAAUCAUUUUUACUCAAGUACAUUUGAUACUGAAGACUUACAAUUGCAUCAAAGCGAGCAUCAAAGUAACUGUGAUAAUACCUCGAAUAAUACAUUAACAUCAGAAGUGUGUGACAACCCCGUAAAUUCACCUUGUACUUCUGGUGAAAAUAUUGAUGAGUUGCCGGAAGAUUUGUAUAACGAACUAUUCCAAGCUCGAUUUGAAGAGCCAUUAUUUCAUAUUGAUGAACCUUUUAAUGAGCCCACAUUGGAAGCAAAAACCAAUAACCCCGAUUGUAAAAGUGAUACUGCUAAAGUCAAGCUAGCAAACUGGGCAUUGAACUACAACAUCAAUCAAAAUGCAUUUUCAGCAUUAUUAAAAAUUUUAAAUGAAACCUUUGAUUGUAAAUUACCCAUUGAUGCAAGAACCUUGCUGAAAACGCCACGUAAAAGUGCAAUCUGUAAAUUUUCUACUGGAAAUUAUGUCCACUUAGGCUUAAACCGAGCAUUAAAAAAUAUUACUGAGGGUAUAGUUGGAGAUGUAGUCAAUAUUAAGCUUCUGAUUAAUAUAGAUGGCUUGCCCCUUUCUCGCUCAUCAACUGCAUGCUUGUGGCCAAUAUUGUGCUCGGAAAAUGUAACCAAAAAGGUCUUUGUGGUAGGGUUGUUUCAUGGCUAUGAAAAACCGCAAUCCUCUAGUGAAUUCCUAAAACAGUUUGUAGAGGAAGCAGUGGAUUACGUCACAAAUGGCUUUUAUGCCAAUGGAAAAAAAUAUAACAUUAUUGUUGCCGGACUCAUUUGUGAUGCUCCAGCAAAAUCAUUUGUUUUAAACGUCAAGGGUCAUACCGGAUAUAGUAGCUGUACCAAGUGCACAAUAGAGGGAACUUUUUUGAACAACAGAGUGUGCUUUCCACAAACUUCUAACGCCCGUUUAAGACACGUUGAUGACUAUUUUCAAAAUGGGGAUGAUGAAUUUUAUUUAUCUAAAACUGUGCUACUAGAAAUACCUAAUUUCAAACCAGUAAGCGGAGUGCCAUUAGAUUAUAUGCAUUUAGUGUGCUUAGGUGUUGUCAGAAAGCUGCUGUUAUUUUGGAUAGAGGGUAAACCACAAUCUGGUGUGAAAUUAUCAUCCCGUACACUUCAGGAAAUUUCAAAAGUCAUUCUGUCAUGUAAGAAACUUGUACCACUGGAAAUUUCUAGAAAACCUAGAUCAUUGUCAGAUAUACACCAUUGGAAAGCAACUGAAUUACGAAAUUUUCUUUUAUAUAUAGGUCCUGUAGCAUUAAAAUCCAAAUUGAAUAGAGAUGUUUAUCUAAAUUUUCUUACAUUGCAUGUUGCAAUAAGAAUCCUUUGCUGCCCUGCUUCUAUUUUGAGAGAAGAAAAUAUCGAAUAUGCUGAAAAUCUAUUAAAACAUUUUAUUAAAUCCUUCGAGCUCAUUUAUGGUACUCAUAAUAUUUCUCAUAAUGUCCAUAAUUUGUCUCACCUUAGUGGGGAUGUUAGAACCUUCGGAGCACUAGAUGAAUUUAGUGCAUUUAGGUUUGAAAAUUUUAUGUCAACCAUUAAAAGCCAUAUCCGAAAAAAUGAGAAACCUCUUCAACAAAUAGCUCGUCGGUUCAAUGAAAUUGAAAAUUUAAAUUUUUCAAGCAAUAACAGAUCAUCAAAUAAAUCAAGCCUGUAUAAAAUUAAGAAUUGCUUCCUAGAUCUUUCCAAUAUGAAAGAUUGUUGUGUAUUGUUGGACAACGAGAAUAUUGUACAUAUUAAACAAAUACAAGAUGACACGAUAACAGGAUAUUUAUUUACAAAAGAAGGAAAUUUGUACACAUCUCCGUGCAAAUCAGAAUGUUUAAAUAUUUUCCUUUUAUCUACAAGUUUUACAAGGGUGUCUUCUUCAAUAAAUUCUGUAAAAGCAAAACUAUGGAUAUUGCCGUAUAAAGGCGAUUCAUAUGUUGGAGUUCCAAUUUUACACUCGAUUGAUUAGAUAGGAUACUAGCAUAAGAAUAAGUAAUAAUGUUUAUACCUAUAACACUGUAAUAUUAAGGCAAUUAAUUAAUAUGAAUUAUAGUAUAAUUCAAUUUGAAGAUGGUGUGGAAGUAGUACCAGACAAAUGGUUGGUUGGAGAAAACAUGUGUUACUGGCCACCAAUGAAUUCUGAUAAAUUAACUCUACAUAAAUUGGUUUUGUCCAAAGCAAACGUUGAGAAAAAUUGGGUCCAAUACAAAAUUUUAAAAAUAUUUUGUCAUGCCGAUACUUACCAAAGAGCCGUCCAGAAAUUGAAGCUAGCCUUGGAAAUGUCUGAUAUAGAUACAUCUGAUGAAUCACUCAAAAAAACAAGGCAUUCACGACACCACAAGGUAGCUGAUGAAUUUGAUGAAUCUGAUGUAGAUCACUUCACUCCAAGCUUCAUUCCAAACGAAAGAAAAAAGGAAAAAAAACGACGCCCAUCUCCUUUAGAUUCGGAUGAAGAUGAUGUAGAAGCAUGUCCAGAAAUGUCAUCAAAACUCCCACCAUUCCCUUCUUCUGCAAAUUUUACCCUUGUGGAAAAUAGGAAAAACAAUACAGCUGAUGAUGAAAUAUUGCCAAUACGAAAUUCUGUUCCGCAACAAUGCAUGUCAAUGUCAAGGGCUAGUACUCCUUCUUCGGUUACAAAUACCCGUGUUUCUAUCAGAGGGACGGAUGAAAUAUUAAUGAAAUUAAACACACUUCUUUCCAUAACAAAAAUUAUAGAAAACAGGUUAACUCUAAUUGAGCGGAGUGUUUCUAAUCUACAAGGUGAGGGAAAUGCAAAAGCACCGUCUUCAAGUUGCAUGGAAGCAAAAGAAUUUAACAAAAUGUUUCCGUUAACAAGUGAAGUAGAUUUAUUGAAUUUUGAGGAGAACCUAAAAGACGAUACAUUUUUUAAUAAAAUGAUUGCAACAUUAUGUACAGUUGGGGGUACCGAUGUGCAGAGCAUAACUGUUAACAUAUUAAAAAAAAUUCUUAGUAAUUCCCUUGCAAAUUUAUUCUCAUUACAUGGUAAGAAGAAAAAGAAGAUUUUCAAAAGUUUAAAUACAUGUAAUUUAAUUGUGGAUACUGUACGUAAACAGAAAACUGGAACAACAGAGGUGGAAAUCCUAGCAAUAAUUGGAAGUUGGCUACCUCAAUCCAAUUUGCGUUUAUCACGCGAACAAAGGAAACAAAAAGGAUUGGAGCAAGACAACGAAUGAAUCAAUUCCGUUAAUGUUCCCAAUUUUUAUAUACUUAAGUACAUAUAUUUUAUAAUAUGUAUUAGUAUAGAA